UCCGUGCGAUGCACGUGACGAGUUCUAUGAACCCUUAACCGCCCACUUUUUCCCUCUCUUACUCUCUCUCUUUCUUCUGCGAGUCGAUCGAUCUCCGAUGGCUGGCGACGGCGGCGGCGGUGGCGGCGGAGGGAGGACGAAGCCGAACAUCCUGGUGACGGGGACGCCGGGGACGGGGAAGACGACGACGUGCUCGCUCCUCGCCGACGCCACCCACCUCCGCCACAUCAACGUCGGCGACCUCGUCCGGGAGAAGGGCCUACACGACGGCUGGGACGAGGAGUUCGACUGCCAUAUCAUCAACGAAAACCUGGUGUGUGAUGAGCUCGAAGACAUGAUGGAAGAGGGUGGGAAUAUUGUAGAUUAUCAUGGUUGUGAUUUCUUCCCUGAACGUUGGUUUGACAGCGUGGUCGUCCUUCAAACCGACAUUUCCAUUUUGCAUGAUCGCUUGACUAGUAGAGGUUACAUGGGUCCAAAGCUUACUAAUAAUAUUGAGUGUGAGAUCUUUCAAGUGCUAUUGGAGGAGGCAAAAACAAGCUAUUCAGAGGACAUUGUGAUGGCAUUGCAGAGCGACAGUGUUGAAGACAUCAGUAGGAAUGUGGCUACAUUAACAGAGUGUGUAAAUAACUGGAGGCCAGUCAGGUCCUCCUAAUAGCAUUAUUUCAUUAUGAAGGGUUCUGGUUGGUAGUAUGAAACAUAAAUUUUAGUAGGAUUGCCUGAAGUGAGGAAGUCUAGCAAAUGAAAAGUUUGUUGUUUGGAGUGUGAAUCUGUAGUAUUUUUACCCAUCCGGUUCGAUGGUGGAUUCUGCGAACAAUGCCUGAUGAGUUUUGAGUUUUUAAUGGAUAAUCACUGUUUGAUAA